CUCUCUCGGGUUCGUUUAGUAGUCGGCGGCGAUUCGCGAAACACGCAUCGCCCGAUCGGUCCACCAUGAAGCUCGCCCUCGUCGUGGCCGCCCUGUGCGCGGCGGUGGCCCCCGCCUGGGCCGCCAACAAGGUGGUCUGCUACUACGACUCCCGCGCCUACUGGAGAGAAGGCGCUGCUAAGAUCGAGCCGGUGGACUUGGAGCCGUCCUUGUCGCUGUGCACGCAUCUGAUUUACGGCUAUGCCGUGGUUGACGGCAACACCAACCGCCUCACGCCCAUGGACGACUACGUCGACCUGGACACCAACAAGGGCUACUACCGCCUCAUCACCUCGUUGAAGGCCCGCCACCCUGGCCUUCGCGUGUUGCUGUCCGUUGGCGGCGGCGCCGACUCGGCCGGCGAGAAGGACAAGUACCUGACGCUGCUCGAGACCCCAGAGAAGCGCCUCGAGUUCGUCAACUCGGCCAAGCAGCUGCUCAAGCACCACAACUUUGACGGCCUGGAUCUCGCAUGGCAGUUCCCCGUCCUCAAGGAGAAGAAGGAACGCGGCACCCUCGGCAGCGUGUGGCACAAGAUCAAGAAGACGUUCUCGAGCGGCUCCAAGGACGAGAAGGAGGAGGAGCACCGCGACGGCUUCACCUCCCUGGUGCGCGAGCUCAAGGCUGCCCUGCGCGGGGACGGGCUCAUGCUCACCGCCGCCGUCAUCCCCCACGUCAACAGCACCGUGUACUACGACUACCGCGUGCUGGCGCCCCUGCUCGACCAGAUCCACCUCAUGACCUACGACUUCCGCACCCCGGAGCGCUCCCCCCAGGAGGCUGACUACCCCGCGCCCCUGUACUACGUGCACGACCGCAAGAGCUACCAGAACGUGGACGCCACCGUUCGGCGCUGGCUGGAGCACGGCACUGACGCCGUCAAGAUCAUCGUCGGCAUCCCCACCUUCGGCCGCAGCUGGAAGCUCAACGCCGAGAGCGGCAUCUCCGGGGUGCCCCCCGUCGUCGCCGACGGCCCCGGUGACGCUGGCACCGUGACCAAGACCCCCGGUAUCAUGGCCUGGCAGGAGACCUGCCUGCUGCUGCACAACUCCAAGGUCGCCGACGUGCCGAACGACCGCCUGCUGCGCAGGGUGGGCGACCCCAGCAAGCGCCUGGGCUCCUACGCCUACCGCCUGCCCAAGAAGUCCGACGAGACCGGCAUGUGGGUCGGCUACGAGGACGUCGAGUCUGCCGGCUACAAGGCAGCGUGGGUCAAGAACAGGGGUCUCGGUGGCAUCGCCAUCUACGACCUGUCCAUGGACGACCCGCGCGGCGUCUGCGACGGAAACAAAUUCCCUAUCCUGCGUGCGGCCAAGAACGGCCUGUAGAGAAUUAAUUGUUUCCACUUUUGGGGCCCUGUCCGCGUGAACCGCGGAUUCAGUGGCGAGCACAUUACUGUGUUUUUCUUUUCUGAAACAAAAACUUAGCAAGGCUGUGAUUUCUCGUAGGAAAACCGCGAAAAAAGGCGAGUUUACCGAAUAAUAUUUCUAUAUUUGUUUAAUUUUAACAAGGAGGUAGAACUAUCAAAUAAAUUUACCUUCACUAAUCUAGACCGUGACACGAAAGACAUCCCUAUCGAGUACUUAAAAAAAAUAUUGAUACGUGAAACUGACAAAAUUUGUACCUUUCUACAAAACCAAUAAAAUUGGCUUUCUUUUCCUAGAA